AAUCAAGAUUGGAAGGCUGGCUAUCACUGCCUGUUAGAAAUAACACUAAAAAAUUUGGAUGGGUUAAGAAGUAUGUAAUUGUAAGCAGUAAGAAGAUCCUGUUCUAUGACAGCGAACAAGAUAAAGAACAAUCUAAUCCCUAUAUGGUAUUAGAUAUAGACAAACUCUUCCAUGUCCGACCAGUCACCCAAACUGAUGUGUAUAGAGCAGAUGCCAAGGAAAUUCCUAGGAUAUUCCAGAUUCUAUAUGCUAAUGAAGGAGAGAGCAAAAAGGAACAGGAAUUUCCUGUGGAGCCCAUGGGAGAGAAGUCAAAUUACAUUUGUCACAAAGGACAUGAGUUUAUACCUACUCUUUAUCACUUUCCAACCAAUUGUGAAGCUUGUAUGAAGCCACUGUGGCAUAUGUUUAAACCUCCUCCUGCUCUAGAAUGUCGCCGUUGCCAUAUCAAAUGUCACAAAGAUCACAUGGAUAAGAAAGAAGAGAUUAUAGCACCUUGCAAAGUGUACUAUGAUAUUUCAACGGCAAAGAAUCUACUACUGUUAGCUAAUUCUACGGAAGAACAGCAAAAAUGGGUGAGCCGACUGGUGAAAAAAAUACCCAAGAAGCCUCCAGCACCAGACCCCUUUGCUCGAUCUUCUCCCAGAACUUCCAUGAAGGUACAGCCAAACCAGUCCAUCAGACGACCAAGUCGACAGCUUCCUCCAAACAAACCAAGUGGUGGGCCCUGGCAGCAGGCUCUGGGACUGCGGCAAGAGGAGCACAGCCAGGCGACCGAGGGAAGAGGUGACCCGCCUCAGUCCACUCCCUGGUCUGCAGCGAGGUACAGCCUCCGCGCCUGGGCGCCCGGAUUCAAACCAGACAUUGAGAAACUGGGGAAGGUCCAGCGGAGGACACCAGGAUGGUCAGAGCGGAGGCUUGAGGAGCUGGGCUUGUUCAGCUUGGAUGAAGGACAGCUCCAGGGCGGUGUCGUAGCAGCCUGGCCCUGCCUGUGGGGAGGGCAUCAAGGAGAUGGAGCCAGGCUCUUCAGUGCUGUGUGGUGGGAGG